CAGAAAUAAAGGAACAGAGAGAGACCAAUCAAAAAAAAAAAAGUAACGAGAUUUAGAGCUGAGAAAGAACGAAAGAUUUGGAAUUUUUCUUUUGUUUAUGCAAAUUAUUCAACGAAUCGGAGUAUCACACACGCUCUACGAAUUUUCCAGCUUAAUUUAUAGAUUUAAAAACCGUAUUUUUAUUUACUUAUUUGUUUUUGUUUUUUUUUGUUUUGUUUUGUCGAUUUCACUGUCUCUUCAUCUUUUAUAUAAAAACUUUAUAACUCCGACACAGGAGUGUCCCGUGUUCUUGAGCAUAAAGUAGCGGAACAAAGCAAAUAAGGAAAAAAAAAAAAGAACAAAGCUUCAUUGCCUCGAGAUUAAACAGUAUCACACAAGGCAACAACCAAGAAAUCCAGGUUCUUGUGUCCGAGUCUGAAAGAUUCAGGCUUUUUAGCUCGAAGUACUUUCCAAGAGGGUUGUGAAUCAGUUCACACUUGUGUCUCUUCAGAUUGGGAUUAGCCAAGAGAUUGGUUGGUUUUUUCUUUUCAGAAGUUUGUUUACUUAUCUCAUGAUCACUGGUUUUAAGCAAUGGGGUAUGUAAACGUGGAGAAGAGAUGGGUUUUUCCUCUUGUGAUCACAUCUCUUGUCUGCGUUUUUCUCCUUGCAACAUCUUUCAACAUGGGACUAGUCUCUUCCCUCCGAACAAUCAACGGGUUUUUCUCCAUCAUCCCUUCUCGUCUCGCCAAGAAUCAAACGAGGUUUGACUUUGCAGAGUCCAAAGUCGCUAGAAAGACACGUGUUCCCCCUCACGAAGACAAGCUUCCCCGUUUUGCUUACCUUGUUUCCGGGUCUAAAGGUGAUGUAGAGAAACUUUGGAGAACACUUAGAGCUGUGUACCAUCCGAGGAACCAGUAUGUUGUUCAUCUUGAUCUUGAAUCACCCGUGGAUGAGAGACUAGAGCUGGCUGCUCGGAUUAAUAAAGAUCCUAUGUAUUCCAAAACCGGGAAUGUAUAUAUGAUAACCAAGGCUAAUCUUGUCACAUAUAAAGGACCAACAAUGGUGGCGAAUACUCUUCACGCUUGUGCUGUUCUUCUUAGGAGAAGCGCCAACUGGGAUUGGUUUAUUAAUCUCAGUGCUUCAGAUUAUCCUCUGGUGACCCAAGAUGAUCUGCUUCAUACGUUUUCGACAUUAGACCGGAACCUCAACUUUAUCGAACACACAAGUCAACUGGGUUGGAAAGAGGAGAAGCGAGCACAGCCAUUAAUGAUUGAUCCUGGACUCUACUUGUUGAACAAAUCAGAUAUUUACUGGGUCACACCUCGUCGAAGUUUGCCAACUGCCUUUAAGUUAUUCACUGGAUCAGCUUGGAUGGCUCUAUCACGCCCGUUUGUAGAGUAUUGCAUAUGGGGAUGGGACAAUUUACCACGAACACUCCUAAUGUAUUACACCAACUUCGUUUCAUCACCCGAAGGUUACUUCCAGACAGUGAUUUGCAACGUGCCAGAGUUUGCAAAAACAGCAAUAAACCAUGACCUCCACUACAUUUCCUGGGACACUCCGCCGCAGCAGCACCCACACGUGUUGUCACUCAACGACACAGUGCCCAUGAUAUCGAGCGGUGCUGCAUUUGCUAGGAAAUUCAAAAGAGACGACGAAGUACUCGAUAAGAUCGACAAGGAAUUACUUAGACGGAGGACUGAUAAAGAUAGUUUUACUCCUGGUGGGUGGUGCAGUGGGAAACCAAAAUGCUCCAUGGUCGGUGAUGUGGCUAAGAUUGAGCCUAGCGCUGGAGCUCAGAGGCUUCAGGGACUUGUGGACAGGUUAGUUAACGAAGCUAAAACUGGAGUUAGUCAGUGUAAAUAGAUCGAAUUCGAGAAUCAUUUUGAGCUGUGAAUUCAAAUUCAGGGAGAGUGAGACUGUCCUUAACGAUAUAUAUAUAUAUAUAUAUAUAUUUAUAUUAUACAUAUAGAGAAUCUUGCAGUUGCAGGCUUUUAGAAAAGACCUAUUAUUAGACAUUGUUUUCAGCAAGUAGAUGCCUUGUAUUAGACAUCACCUACUGGUCUCGUAUUGGGAUUAGUUCUUCUUGUUUGAAGUCAUCUCCCUCAAAUUUACAAAUCAAAUAAAAUUUAUAACCUUUUUUUA